GUCACUCGGUAACUCCGGGGUUGAUGGCUUUUCCUCUUCUGCUUCCUUACAGCCGGAUUACACCCGGGGUUAUUGUCCGCCUUGCUGUUUUCCUGGUUCACGCUCUUCAUCAUCCUAUCGUUGAUUGGAGUAGAAACCGUUGGAAUGGUUACGCAAAGGAGUAAAUGGCCAUGUGUGAAGGAGGGUAAAAGGAAGGGCCAUGAUCGACAAACAUUGGGCGGAUAAUCAUUUUCAUUCUGGUUCCUAUUGAUCUGAUGCCGUUCAGGCCCCCCUCUUCUCCUCCGUCUGAACCAGAAUGCCAACUAACUAGUCAGUCAAGCCUCCCCAUGCUUGUGUCUCUCCCAUACUCCAUCUGGGCAAUCUAGUCGCAUAUUAGGCCGGAACCGUUUUCUGUCGGGCUCCAUCCGCUGACAGGCUGAAGGGAGACUAGGAGCUUAGUGAAUUUCAGCCUGCAACAGACGAUUCGUCUAGGGGAGAAUCAGAUAAAUAAGCGCAAUAAGAGAGGCGGAUGCCAAGUAGAUAGUAAGUCGCAGGAAUGGGGAAUGGAUAUUGUCGGGGAAAAAAAGACCCCUCCAUGGUUUGUCAUCGUUACUAUUUGGAUAUUUGGAUAUUUUUUUUGUUUUGUUUUGGAUCUGGAUACUCUUCCGUUUAGUUUAAUUUAUUUCCACUACUACGGAGUACUACUACUAGUUAUAGUUCCGAUACGGUGAAGUUCCCUUGUCGCCUAGUAGUUGAAGCCCAACCAGGGAAUCAAUCAUUCAUUCAUCUGGAAUGGCAAGCGGGCAGAAGAAAGGGAGGGGAGGGUGUGCUUUGGCCCCCAGAGCCACUGGAAGCACAACAGGUUGGUAAUCGGAUAGUUGCUUGGAUUUAUUGGAUGGUUGGGCUCUCUUUG